AUGAAAAUGCGGUAUCUAACAAGGCUGAAUAUGCUCGGCAGUCUUGCCUUCAUCAGCAUAUUAGUCGCUUUGUCUCUCUUAUAUGCAUCCGGCAACUUCUACACAGCCGGUAAUGAACUGAGCCUGAAGGGGACUGGCAAGGUUGCCGAGGAAGACCUAGUAAAUGACGUUCCUACCACAACGAUUCCACCCAAUUCCGAUCACAGACUGGUGGUAUUUGGAGAUGCCUGGAGUGCCAUUGGUUCGCGUCUAGCCGCGCAAGGACAAGCCUGGCCAGAAUGGGUUUGUUCAAUGUGGCCAUGUCGCUUGGAGACAUAUGCGCAAAGGGAACAUGUCUGCCAAAGCUCUGUCUGCGGAUCUGUAGUUGACGAAACCGAGCUUCACACCGUCGUUUCCGAUGCCGCCCGUUCCUUGGAACCAUUGCCCGACCUUCGCAGUCAGGUUGACCAAUGGCUCGCUGCAGAGCUGAAUGCAACGCAGACUGACCCAUCUGGCGGUGGCUUGAAGGCACGGACAAACAAUACCAUUUUCGCUUUGUCAUUUCUCAUAUGGGACAUUUGGAAGUUCAACGGUGUGUCGAUGGAGGACAUGGAGAAAUCUAUGAAGCGCAGUCUUGAUACCAUCUUCCAGCAACUAGAUCGCCUUGAAAAGUAUACCGAUUCUGAUGACCUCCGUAUUCUGCUUAUGAUGUCUAUUGAUCCCACAUUCUUGCCCGCGUUCGACCCAACUCAGGGACAGAAGGAUAUGAUCGAUAUCGUCACCGACUGGAACGACAAACUCAAAGAAAAGGCUCAUGUUUGGGGGAACGGGUCGGUGUUAAUUUUCAACACGAAUGAAUUUCUCAACGACCAAAUCAGAUCACGCCAGUUCUAUAUGGCGGGKAUGCUCGAUGGACAAGGGCUGGGAAAUCAAACCCCGUGGGAUGAUGUCGAAAACCCAUGCGUUUCCAGCAAAAAUACUUGGCUGCCAUUCCUGGGUAACCAGGAUCAGCGGUGUGAGAAUCCAGAAAGAUUCCUGUUUUGGGAUGGCUUGCAUCUCGGGCCGACAGCGAAUCAGAUGAUGGCUACGGAGAUCUUUCACGAGAUUGAGAAUCUGUGGGCCAAAGAUUCGAAUUCGACAGAGUCGACAUAA